GGUGAACAGCUGGACAUGAAAAGGCUGUGUGUCUGUCUUUAAGUAAAACCAGGUGUGGGGAGAAUUUUACUGGAAAGUAGGGAGGGAUUGGCAGAAACUCAGGAAUUUAGAAAGAGAGAGAGAUAGAAGCAGAAAGAGACUGAAAGAGAGAGGGAGGAGGUCAGAGGGAACAGACAUAUCAUACACUGGGAAAGAGAGAGCUUUAGUCUGCCAUGGAAAGUUAGAGGAGGCAAUAGAAAAAAAGAAAAGAAAAAGAGAGUUAAAAAAGCAGAUUCAACAAGCAGUUUAGUAAAGGAAGAAAGGAACUGGGGGCAGUGUUGGUGUAAAGCGGGGAGAAUAAAAAAAAACCCCAAAAAACAGAAAAGGCCCAGGAAACACAGAGAGGCAGCCACAGGAAGAAGAGAAAUAUUAAAGCAAAACAGGAUUAUUCAUUGUAUUCCACUUUUUAACUCCCGGAUCAGAGAGAAUGGUGAGUAUUUUUUUAAAUAUAUCUGAAUAACUAAAUCAUAAAUAUUUAAUAUCUAGAGAGAGAGAGAGAGAGAGAGAGAUAAGAGUGAUGCGUGUCUCCCUGAGUGUGUAUUAAUCUGUCGUUGUAGGACAGUUCGUUAAAUUAUGUCGAUAGUUUGUGUCUAUCACCUAUGUGUUGUGUGUGUGCAUGUGUCUCACUCCAUUUGUCUCUUUCACUCUAAUGAAUGGGUAUCUUUCCCUAAAGAACUAGCAGAUCUCAUCUCGUAUUUGUCCAGACACACAGAUAAAAAAACAACAAAAAUAGCCGCCUAAUGUGAAUAUUAUAUUGCAACGUCUAGAUGAUAUCUCUUAAUAUAUAUUAAUACUUGUGUGUUGUGCUGUUUAUACAUCAGUCUUGUAUGGAAAAGAAAAAAUUGUACGUGAAACGCUCCCUUUGUGUGUUCACUAUUAGUGAAUUUGUAUGUCACAUUCACUACUAGUGAGAUUUUUGUGUUGCAUUUAUUAUGAGUGCCUUUUAAUAUUAUGUUUGCUAAUAGUUGGUUAAUUGCAGUGGAUGUUGAUGCUCUUUACCAGUCAUAUUAGAAUUCGUAAGACUUUUCACCUUUUGUUUACAAAUAUAUUAAUUUUUUUGUUUGUUUAUAUCUCAGUCAUAUUUCUAUAGAUUUAGUUUCUCUCUCAGUAAGAAGAAUCUUUAACUUUAUCUGGCAAAACAGAACAGGCUAUUCCCCUUGUUAGCCAAUAAAUAAUUGUUAUCAUUGUAUUCAAAAUAUGCCAACAUAUUCAGCAGUGUUGUUAACUUGUAAAGUAAGCGGUGACGCAUUUAGACUGAUAGUGGGUUAGUGGUCAAUUAAGUGUAUUAAUAAUGGUUGAAACAUAUUUGAGUCAUCAAAGGUAUAAGCAGAAGCAAGGAUCCAUUUGGCCAGAAAACUGAGCAAGAAGAGGCAAUCUUCCAUCUGCACAUACACAUACAACGAAUUUACAUAUCUCGGAUAAUUCAAGAGCACCCUUGUUUGAUACAAGAAAUGGGAGAACGGUUGCAAAAAUACAAAGGAAAACAUACGUCAUGUAUGUUUUCCUUUUUAUUUAGUGGAUGAAAAGUAAAUGACCCUUGCACGCUAUCACCAUCGUUGGAUAUAAUUCUCCAUAUCACAACCCUCAGUUUGCUGGUCAGAACAUUGACGCUUGUAGAACAUGACUUUAUGAAGACCAUAAGAAACUGAUAGGACAGCAAACAGUGCAUACCACACAGGGUUAAGAGAAAAAAAAUAAACAAUUUAGAUUUUCUAAAUGCUAACAGGAAAGAUUCACACUCUAGAUAAGGCCAUGUAAUACUGUGUAUUGACAUCCUCCUGUGCUAAUGGGAAUCCAUCCAGAACUGAUACUAAUGUGUCCCAGUUGGGAGUGAGCAUGAUUGAAAGUAUUUUUCAACUGAUUUCAUAAACUUUUAUUGCAUGUCCUUUUCUUAAAUUCUUGUUUUAUUCUAUGGAUUUUCUUAAUACACUGUUUGGCUUUCUAUUAACCCAUACCUCCCGGGAUUCCUACAUUAGGAGGUACAGUCCCUCUUUUCUAUCCUAAUAUGUAUUAGAAUUAUAACAGAUCUCCACAGCAAUAAUUCUCGCAGUAAUGUGUCUUUAAAUGCCAAGAAAUGUGUUUAGAGAUCAGCCUGUGUAAAUAAAAUAAAUUUUUCUUGUUCUAAAUUACAUUUUAGUGGCAUACAUUUUUAUUAUUAAGUCAACUAGAAUUUUUCAGAACAGCCCCCUGGCUACACAUUUACUUACCCCCCCCUAAGAUUAAAGUGUCCCUCUUUGUUAUUUUGAAUUGACCCUCUGCAUGGCCCAUUCAACAAGCUCGGUCAGUAACUCAGUUUGUUGGUACACCAACCUUGGUAUGUUUGUUAACUUAAAACCCCAGGUUAUAUUCAUAGCAGGUCUAGGGGACAUACAGAAGAGAAAGAACUGUAUAUGAAAAAUGAAUGUAAAGAACUAGCCAAGAAAACCAGACUUAUCACUGUACUAUGGUAAUGGUACCACUAUAAGAAAGUUAAGUGUGUCCACUCCCUGGUGUUUAUAUAGUUACUUAACCUCUGCUUUUAAUUCAUUAUAGAUGCUGUGUCUCUUCUCCCUACUACUUUGUCUUCUCCUGGUUCCAAGUAGACAGCAAGAGGGUGAAUCACCAAACAGCUUCACGGUAAUUUAACAUAAAGCGUAUUGUAAUAUAGAGCCACACUUUUUGAUUAUUAUUAUUAUUUUAUUAUUUAUAUAGCGCCAACAAAUUCCGUAGCGCUGUACUAUGGGUGGACUAACAGACACAGAAUUGAGAUCAGACCACUGGACGUACAGGAACAGAGGGGGUUAACCCCGUGAUAAACAGAUCUAUCAGGCCAAAUGCUUCACAUACAUUUUUAACAGACAGAAACAUGAGGCAUUUUCUUGCAUGAUAUUUUUAAAUGUCCCCACAAAGAAUAUUAUCUGCAUUUUCUUUAUUACAAUAAUUAGCAAUACUGGAAUUUGAAAGGCUUUUCCUCGUCAUUUACUAGUAUUUACUAUUUAAAUGAUUUCACAGGAAUGUUGUUGAUUUUCAUAAUCAGGGAUGGUUUGAACCUCAUUUAUUAGUUUUGAGUGUAUUUUGACCAUUCACCUGUUUUUAUGUCAGGAAUGCACAGAUGGAUAUGAAUGGGAUCCAGAGAAGCAGCAUUGCAAAGGUACCAGAUCAAUUUUAGUAUAUUAUAUGCUUUUUGGGUACUUAUUGACUGCAUCAUUGCUAAAAUUAACUUUUCUUUCACCUCUCACAGAUAUUAAUGAGUGUCAGACAAUACCUGAUGCCUGUAAGGGGGAGAUGAAGUGUAUUAAUCAUUAUGGGGGUUACCUGUGCCUUCCUCGCUCUGCUUCGGUCAUCAGUGACUCCCAAACAGAAUCUGCUAUUCAUGAUCCGCCCCCUCCGCCGCCACCUAACACAGAAGCACAGGACAUCCAAUGUCCAGCAGGCUACCAGCCCGACUCACCAGGGCUUGGUACCUGUGUAGGUAAGAAAGGAAUAUAAAUGCUUUUAGACUUUUAAAAGAAUACAAUGCUCAGUUGGAGUGGUCUAUAGGAUAUAAUAACGUUUUUCUAUGAUAAUGGUUUCUCUUAAAGGGACACCGUAGGCACUGUAUCUGCUUCAUCUCAUUAAACUGGUUAUAGUGUCUGGAGUCUUCUGGUCCCAUCAUUUCUAUCAGCAUUAAACAGUUUUUAAAGUUUUAAUGUUUUAAUGCUAAACAAGAGUCCCCGGCAAUCCAUCCCCUCUGUGCUGCUUUGGCUAAUAAGGAAGUAUUAGCCUGAGCAGAAAUGGGCAGCUGUGAUUGGCUGAGAGUGUCAGCUGACUGCUUUUAGCCUGUCAGAGUUCCAACUGACGGUAUGAGUGGGUAUGACAACAAGGAAGUGUGUAAUCUCUGCCUUAGCUACACAUACUGAAGGGGCCGGACUGUGGGUGGCCAGGGACUCUUAUUUUGUGGCAUACUGCACGAACAUGGUGCAACACUGAAUAGAGGGACAGUGCCAGGGUACUCCAGGCACUAUAAUCAAUUCAAAGAGAUGAAAUGCUUAUAGUGACCACAGUGUCCCUUUAAGUACAAAAUCCUCUGCAAAAGGAGAAUAUACUAUAAAGGUUGGUGGGAUUAGUGUGGGUAAACCAGUAUUAUGGAGAAGUGGGGCCUGCACGGACAUGAAGUGAAUUGAAUAGCAAUGAAAGUGAGCAUUAUGGGUAGGAAGUUAUCAUUUUUGGGAAAUGAAAGACAAAGUUGAGUAUCUUUGCAAGGAUGUCAUUCAGGAUUCCCCAAUAGUGCUAAUGUAGGAGGUAACAGUGAUGUGUGAUUGUAAAUGGAGUAUAUAUAGAGCUAGUUAACAUUGUAGAGAUGAAAUAUAUAGAAUCGGAUACAACUGCAGACAUUAGAUACUUAUAGAGUUGGUUACCUUUGCAGACCGGUGUGAUCUACGUAGUGAGGUAAUUAAUGCUGCAGAGAUUAAAUAUACACUGAGCUGGGGUUUUACUGCAGAGAUGGAUAGAAUAGUAGGUGAUGUUAAAGGAAGCGUAGAAAAAAAAUAUAAUUUCUCUUAAGACUGUACUAUUUUGUUUCAGAUGUGGAUGAGUGUGUAUAUCAACUGGAUGACUGCCUGCCCAGCCAGGAGUGUGUCAAUGCACCAGGUGGCUUUCACUGUAAAUGCCCAGAUGGCUACAGAAAGAUAGGGAACGAGUGUGUAGGUGAGUAUAAGAGCAAUAUUAACUUAAUCCAUCUCAUCAUAUCUUCAGGUAUCGUCAUACUCUUCCUGCUGCUUAAUACAUACAAAUUAAACUUAUGGAAACCAAUAGGACAUUGUUAAAUCUUUUCCCUAGAAUUUUUCUUUAUACAUAACCCAUCUAUAUAUUUUUCAAAUAACAUAAUUCUGUUUGAUUCUUGCUCCAAUGAUCUACUUAAUCUUAUACAUGAUUCUAUAUCUCUCUUUAUUUUUUUUGUCUUUUCUUAAUGUUCAUGUAACAUUAUCCCUUUGUUCCACAGAUAUAGAUGAGUGUCGAUACAGGUACUGUCAGCAUCGCUGCGUUAACUCUCCUGGAUCUUUUACUUGUCAGUGUGAGCCAGGAUUCCAGCUGGCAUCCAAUAACCGUUCCUGCGUGGGUAAGUCUCGCUACCAAAAGAAAAUCAUUUCGUUUAUUAGACUAGGUUGUUUUUUGAAAACAGAUUUGAAAGUACAUGAAAAAACAAGGGUGCUGUUUGUUAAUUGACUUGGUUAUGAAGAGAGGUCAAUCAUAUGUACUAAUAUAGAAGUGAACAGAACUAUUAUGUCAGAAAUACCAGGGGCUUUAAAAAUGUGCACGGGUUUUGUGACUUAUUACUACACAAAUAUGGUGCUUAGUAAAAAGUAAAACACUGGACACAAAGUCAUAAAAAACAGAAGUGUCUCCUUUUUUUUUAAUGUUUUUAUGUUUUAGUAUAUCACAGCCCUGGCCUUCACAGGGCAAGUAGCAAGAGAACUACGGAUUCAGGGAUCUUUAUUUGUUUCCAACAGGAAGCACAAUUUGUAAUGUACACAUGUGUCAGCUUAUACCGACAUUGCUACUAUAGCUAACUAAGUACCAGAGUUUCUGUUUGGACACAUUACUUAAAAAUGUACAUUCAUAUCAGGCCAGCCACGAAAAGUUUACUGUACAACGUUAUUUGUUAUAAAAUAUGUGUCUUGGUCUUAUCGACCUGCAGUAAUGUAUUGCACAACAAAUAUAUAGAAUAUACCUGGCUCACGGAUAUUGCUGGCCUUGCACUAGCUUACUGAGAAUACGAGUUGGUUCUGGUAUAAACAUGAUAUUAUUACCUAUAAUCAAAGCUGUUACUUUUGAUGCCAAUGUAUCUGGUUUUCUGUUCCAACAAAAAUGUAAAAAUGUGCAUCUACGCCAAGUCUGUCCUGAGAACGCUACUGUAUAAUGUUGCAUGUUACAUGAUAUGUGUACGGGCUUUGCCAGAUUGUGAUUUUGCAAUGCACAACUAAAAUAAAGAAUAACAAAAAAAACAACAACAAAAAAACAAAGAAGUGUAUGCACUAAACCAAGAAGUGUUUACACAAUGGUUUUGCAAAUUUUAGGACAAAAUUUCUCAAUGUUGGCCUGUGGCAUGCUAUUCUCUUUUCAAUUUGCGACAAUUUCUGUUGUUGCCAUUCAACUCUAUACUAUUUAUAUGCUGUCUUCGAUAAAAGAUACAUUUAAAAAAAAUCUCUAUAUAUAUAUAGGUUUAGCAAGACUGUACAUCCCUGCUGAAUUACUUUGACAUUUAGUUCAAAAUUGUUGUUGAUUUGAUAAUGGGAGGAACUCCUGAAAGCUUGCCAUUUAGAAAUGAUUUAUUUUGGUCUAAUGAAAAGGUAAAGCGCAGUUUAAUCAAUACAUUAUGCUAAUAGAAUUGCUAGCGAAUGUGUACAUUGUCCAAAAAAACCUAGAUGAUAAAUACCUUCUCCUCUCAUUGUAACAACCAGCUUUCAUCAUACAGGCAUUAGCCAGAGGCAUAGAGUUGACUAUCAGCAAAAGUAGUAACUCUCCUACAGGUAGUUCCAAUGUCUACCCAAAUGAAGAUCACACUGCUUUUCCUAGCAGCCCAUUGCACAUUGCAGUCACAUCAGCCAUCAUCGACAGUUGCGUGUGUACUAUUAGUUUCUUAGAACAGCCUGCCAGGAAAACCAGUGAAAUCUAUGAAUGGGUAAUUUCUGCUCCAGCUGAGGAUCACUGCCCUGACAGGUCCACUUUACUUGGAAUCAUUGUUUUUGUAUGUUGUAUUUAGUCUGCUUAUGUUUAUCCAACAUAAGGAUCUGCAGAUACCUUUGUAAUAAAUCUUAAGAUAUUUAGAUGAUUUAUGUUAUCUGUAUUUGUUCAAAAAGUUGGGGCUGGCCAAAUCUACAUGGUGUUUCUUAUGUAACUAUAUAGGAAACAGAUGUGAUAGUUAUAUAAUAUAAUAUAUUGAUGUGUUUAAUAUAUACAAACAGUUGAGUAAUACAAUUGUUUGAAAAUUAGGGCAAUGAGAUAAUUAAAAUAAACAUGUCAUUAAAAGUAUUAUAUAAUGUCUGUUUUGCAUGUUUUAACAUAUUGUCUGUAUGGAGCAUUAGUAAACAGAGGCACCUUUAAUGCCAUCCAGACCUGAAUGUGGCUCAUUUACAUUGCUCUGAUUAAUUUACCAUUACAUUCAUUCGCUAAAUCAAUUUUAACAUUUUUGAACCAGAUUGACUUAUUCAUGGUCUUGUUUUAUAAUAGCCAUGGAUGAAUGUCAGUACUAUAUAAAUUGAUUAAAAAAAGUUCAAUACCAGUGGUCAUAUUUUCUCACUAUGACUUCAGGGAUAUUUCAAAUCUACUAAUUUUUCAAUGAUCAGGUUGAGUAUUGUUCUAUGGCACUGUUGUCUCUAUGCAAAGCUCAACUGGAUACUGAACUGUUAAAUACAAUGCACCCCAUUAAGGCAAAGACAUGACUACAUUAAUGAGUAUCCCUUGAGUUUGCUCCAUCCAAACAUAUUUUGUGUCUGGUACAAACAACAGAAUUGCUACUGCAGAACAAGAUCCUUUUUCGCUUUAAAGGGACACUAUAGUCACCUGAACAACUUUAGCUUAAUGAAGCAGUUUUGGUGUAUAGAACAUGCCCCUGCAGCCUCACUGCUCAAUCCUCUGCCAUUUAGGAGUUAAAUCCCUUUGUUUAUGAACCCUAGUCACACCUCCCUGCAUGUGACUUGCACAGCCUUCAGGGGAGGGCUGGCAGCCUUAGGCCUGGGGGGCAAAACCAGUCAAGUGGCCCAUUGCACCACCAAAUCAGUGCAAUGGUGCCCACCUUUUCCUGGUUUUAUAACGGAUAUUGAUGUUAUGCUAAUCAGUAGCUCUUUGCCAUACCCGCUCCUUCACGGCUCUGACUUUCAAUGUUGUCAGAGCGCAGGCUGAGAAUCUCUGAGCCUGUGCUCUGACUCACUAACUGAGCGCCAGAACCACAAGGGAGAGGCUAUAAUCUGACUGCACCUACUGCUGGUGCGCACCAGUGGACCACCAGUGAAUCGUUUAAAUUGAAUAGGCUGGUGUCCCCAACUUGUGAGCUGUGUUGUCCGCCGGGCGCCUCUGUUGUGAUGGCACCCUGCGUGACCGCACAGCGUGCACACCCCAACGGCUGGCCCUGCUGACACACACUGAUGUUACUACUUAGAAAUCUCUCAAUAUUAAUUCAGACAUCAGAGUAAACACCAAUAAACUGUGGAAACAGAGCUGAUCCCCCCCAAAUUUAUAAAGAUUUGUUUACUGGAUUUGUUGUAAGAUUAAAUCAUGCCUCCUCCUCUCUCUCUCCCAUGCGCUGCUCUGUAGGCUGGGAGGAAGUGAAGAGUAAUCACAAUCUCCCAGCACAGUGGCACCUGUGGCUGCAUGGGGAACAGCUGUAUUUGCCACCCCAUGUGACAUCACAAUGCCCCACCUAUAUGAGCUGCCAUACGAACUAACGCCAGUGCUGCCCACAGUGUGUGUUUACAUUAAAAAGCCUGCAGGGACCGGCUAUAGACACCAGAACCACUUCAUUAAGCUCAGUCGUUCUGGGGACUAUAGUGUCCCUUUAAUGUGAGGUAAAUUAUAGAUUAGUGUCACUAAUAAUAUACUAGAUUGCCUACUUACAACCAAAUGAGGAUGAUGAUGGGCUGCAGUUUGGCUCCACUGGUCUGGUGUAGAACAGGAUCUCUGGAGGCUGUUUGCAACUGUGGUCCCAAAAUUCAAUGUUCUGGGAGAAUUGGAAGCAGCUCCAUUUUUUGGAGGCCCCUUACACAGCUCAAGGUCUGGGCCCCAGGGCCUGACGGUGAGUAUGCCCACAAGGCCCACUCAUAAGUCCACUUAUAUGUUCCACCCACCCAUGAGUUCGCUCACAGGGUGUGGAGUGUGUAGGGGAUGUGUUAUGUGUUAUUGUAGAGGAUCCAAUAUGUGUGCUUAUGGUAUGUAGUGUAUAGGGAUACCAGUUUGUGCAGGUGAUGCAGUGUGUUUGUAUGUAGUGGAAGCAGUGUGUAUUUGUGUAUAAGGGAUGUAUUGUGUGUAUCUGGUUGUGUGUAAGGGAUGCAUUGUGUGAAUCUGUGUUUGUAUGCAUAAAGGAUGCAAGGUGUGUGUCUGUAAGUGUGUGCAUUGAGUGUGUGUUAGAGAUGCAUUGUGUUUCUGUGUGUAUGUAAGAAAAGCAGUGUGUGUAUAAGGGUUGCAGUGUGUGUGUGUAAGGGUUGCAUUGUGUGUGUGUAAUGGAUGCAUUGUGUGUUUCUCUGUGUGUAAGGGAAGCAUUGUGUGUGUGUGUGUGUGCGCGCGCGUAGUGUGAAAGAGCUCCCUGUCUUGCCCCCUGUCCUAUAGAGCUGUCCCUUUUAGCUCUCCCCUGCCCCUUAGUGGUCUCUCCCCCACCCUCCCCUAGCGGUCUCUUCUCACACUCACCCACCCUCCCUGUGCUGUUCUCAUCCACCCUUCAUGUGUUCUUCUCACCUCCCCCCUCCCUGUGUUAUCCUCACCUCCCUCCUCCCUGUGUCCUCCUCACGUCCCCCUCCCUGUGUUCUCCUCACCAACCACCCUCCCUGUGUUCCUCUCAGUCCCCCCCUUCUCCUCAUCUCCCCUUCUCCUUACUCUCCCCCUCCUCCUUGUGUUCUUCUUACUCCCUCCUUCAUUUACACCCCAUCUUCACUUACCCCUCCUUCACUUCACUUACACCCCCAUCUUCACUUACUCUUCACUUACUACCUCCCCUCCCUUCACUUACCCCCCGCUCCCCUCACCUCUUCUCCCCUCCCCUCCCCUGUAGCGUGGCCGAGUGGCCGAGUUUCUGUUUCCUGUACCCGGCCGGACUGACAGGAAGUGCCCACUGAGUGUGCACCUUCCUAUCAGUCCGGCCGGGCACUGCGGACCAGCGAGCAGCUCGGCCACGAUACAGGGGAGGGGAGGAGAGGAGCAGCUGCAGCCGCCUGAGGCUCUUAACAGAGCGCUCAGGCGGCUGCAGCAUUUAAAGGGCCGGCCCUGCAGUGGCCGGUCUUAACAGAAUUUAGGGCGGCCUGGGGGCAAUUGCCUCUCUGCCCCCCGGCCCAGCCCGCCCCUGACAGCCUUCCAUAAACACUUCCUGUAAAGAGAGCCCUAUUUAGGCUUUCUUUAUUGCAAGUUCUUUUUAAUUUAGAUUUUCUUAUCCCCUGCUAUGUUAAUAGCUUGCUAGACCCUGCAAGAGCCUCCUGUAUGUGAUUGAAGUUCAAUUUAGAGAUUGAGAUACAAUUUAUUUAAGGUAAAUUACAUCUGUUUGAAAGUGAAACCAGUUUUUUUUUUCCAUGCAGGCUCUGUCAAUCAUAGCCAGGGGAGGUGUGGCUAGGGCUGCAUAAACAGAAACAAAGUGAUUUAACUCCUAAAUGACAGUGAAUUGAGCAGUGAAAUUGCAGGGGAAUGAUCUAUACACUAAAACUGCUUUAUUUAGCUAAAGUAAUUUUGGUGACUAUAGUGUUCCUUUAAGUAAAACUUAAAACUUUGUCAAGCCUACUUUGCCAGUAAAUUUCCCCUGAGCUUAGUAUCUCAAGAACAUAAAAUUAGGGAAUUUAGACUUGAAUUUAGGCCAGGAUUAUUGCAUGAAAUUGGAAUGACACAAACAUCAAUUACCCAGGCACUCACCCUACAUCUAUUUUUACAUACUCCUUUGAGGUUUUCUUUUUUCCAAAAACAACUUGCUUUUAAUGAUAGAUAAACAUCCACAAUAUGGUUAAUCUUUGCACAAAUGUACCUUAUAAAUAAUGAAAAUAUGAUUAGACUUUAGUGGGAACUCAUUUUAGCAUCAUGUAGUCAUGCUUCCCACACAUUCAAACAAUUGGCACAAUGGUACCUCGUUUACAAAUGUACUGUACAUUAUUUGUUAUGUACGUAUUAAGGAUGUAUUUGGUUUUAGUGUUCCUCUCUUAAAUUGUGGAACACUGAAUACAAGCAUAGCGGGCAGGGCCGCCACCCUGACAAAGCACACCCCCACCCAGCCGGCCUCCCCCUGCAAUGAAUGCAGUGUGUAUUAGUGUAAUGAAUGCAGUGUGUGUGUCAGUGUAAUGAAUGCAGACUGUGUUAGUGUAAUGAAUGCAGAGUGUGUGUUAGUGCAAUGAAUGCAGUGUGUGUGUUAGUGUAUUGAAUGCAGUAUGUGUGUCAGUGGAAUGAAUGCAGAGUGUGUGUCAGUGUAGUGAAUGCAGUGUGUGCGUCAGUGUAGUGGAUGCAGUGUGUGUGUGUUGAUGCAGUGUGUGUUAGUGCAGUGAAUGCAGUGUGUGUUAGUGCAGUGGAUGCAGUGUGUGUGUUUAGUAGUGUAUGCAAGUAAAUGUAAUAACUGUUAUUCCCCCCUCCCUGUUUCUUACCUGGUCCAGGGAGGGGGAGAUUCCAUGAUCCCUGGUGGUCCGGUGGCAUUGUGGGGCCCCCCGGCUCCCUAUACUUGCAGAGGGGGCCCAGCGGACUGCAGCUGUACUUUACAGCAUUUCCCUCGCUCUAACUCCCGCGAGAUGUGGUGUGCGCGCUGCGCGGAGCGUUGCCAUGGUAAUCCAUGUCAACGCUCUAAUGGCCGCACGUCUCGCGGGAGUUAGAGCGAGGGAAAUGCUGUAAAGUACAGCUGCAGUCUGCUGGGCCCCCUAUGCAAGUAUAGCCAGGACCGCCUGGCCCGUGACAACCGCUCUGGUUGUCACCCCCUGAUGGCGGCCCUGAUGGCGGGUACUGGAAUAGCAUACGGUAGGGGACGAUAGUUACUAAUUACAGAUGGUCUCUAAAAUGUUUAUAUAUGUUCACCUGUAAAGCUAAAAAUAUACAAUUCCUCAUUCCCUUUUGCAGAUGUUAAUGAAUGCUCCAUGGGUGCACCAUGCCAGCAACGCUGCUAUAACACCUAUGGAACUUUCUUGUGUCGCUGCAAUCAGGGUUAUGAAUUGGAUCGUGAUGGCUAUACCUGCAAUGGUAGGUACACUACUCAAGCACUUGUAUCUGUGUAUUUUAUGCCUACCAAUGACUGGAUCCUUCCUUAUUCCAUUCCAUUAUUGGUAUCUAGAUCUCUAGAUCUAAUUUCUACCAUAAGUGGAUCAUGUCAGCAUCCCAUUAAUGGGCUUUCUAUGUGCCAAUGUAUUACACUUUACAUCCUGUGGGAGAGAAUUGCUCUGUUAUUUGUGAAUGUGUUUUUUUCCACACUAAGUCUAGUGGUUUCAAUUAGUUACUUAAUGUAUUGUGCAAUCACUGCAACGAACAGCUCUGACUGCAGAUAAUUUUUGGACUAUAUUCCCUAUAAUGCUCAGCUAGUUUUACAUUUAGCAUUCACUGGCCUGUAGAAUGUGAAUCAAAUUUUACUAGGUGAUGGGGUAAUAGAAGUUAUAAAUACACAAUACACAACUUGUCUCCCGGACUAAUUUUUCUGGCCAAGCAUCUUGGUAAACAUAAACUAAAACACAAAUUACCAAAGGUUUAUUAUCAUUGUAUUAAUGAAAAUUAUUAUUUAGAUUAAUCUACCAUGCUUUUAAAAAAUGUAUUUAAAAGUAUACUCAUUACAUAAAUCACCUCAGUGUCAAUGUAUGGACCUUACUAUCGUCUCUCUAUAUAUGUUGCAAUAAAGUGAACAUUCCACAAAUUUAAAAACAACUUACUUUCCACACCAGAAAGACAUGAUAAACUUCCGAAUAUCUUAACAAAUAAAUUAGUCAAUAGUAAUAAGACACAAAUGAAACUACCCAAGAUAUUUGACAUCAUCCUACAAAUGUAUGCAAUUUUUGUAUCAAGUUAACAUUUGGAUUAGUAGAUUAGAUUGGUAUACCUUCCAACUUUGUGGGCUGGUCUCAUGGAGUUCUAAGGUUGGUGGGGAGUUGAGUUCCAGCUUGUAGUCAACCAUCCAACAUUAUAGAUGUGAAGAGUUCCAUGAGAUUUUGCCAGUGUUACGUUCUUCAUACCUAUACCAUGUUUAUUGUCAUAGUGAAAAUUGUCCUAGUUCUGCCUGCAAAAAUAUUAGAACUUAUUUCUGAGUAACAACAGGUUGGAUCCAUAUGGUGUUAUUUAGCGUUAUUGAAGACUAGAUUGUUAUGAAGGUAUUAUUAAUGUCUUACUUGUUUGCAUGCCCAGAUUUAAAUUUACAAUUUUGAUUAUGAGAAUGUGAACACAGGAUAUAUAUAUAUUUAACAUGGUUACUUUUAUCUGGUCAGACGUUGAUGAAUGCAGUUACUCCAGUUACCUGUGCCAGCACCAGUGUGUUAAUGAACCUGGGCGCUUUUCCUGUAUCUGUCCAGAAGGAUACCAGCUGUUAGGCACUCGAUUAUGCCAAGGUAAGAAAACUGGGACCAACCUCUGAGUGCUGGAUUGCAUUUCAUUGCAAUGGGGGUUUUAAACAUUACUCCUCCUCAAGGUCAAAUGAUUCCAGAGUGGGUGCUUAGUGCUACUCUUGGGAGAACAAAACUGAUGCCAAUUAAAUUAAUGGGAGAUUUGAUAUAAAAUUAUAUCCAGUAAGGAACCUUACUGCAAGUUAAUAUUUGCACCUAAAGAAAGUUUCUACAAAUAAAUAAAAUAAAAUCGCUGUGAUAAAAGAUUUUUUUUAUGUAUUUGAUUUUUUUUUUUACAUUCUGGGAGUUUGAUUCCACAACUAUAGCAUUAAACGUUCACGGUUUUAUUUUGCUGCCUAAUCUAAGUAUGAAAUUAUAAUUGUUUUGAUCUUGAUAGCGUAGGUAGAAAAAUAUAUAUCUUUAUAUUCUGGAAAAUAGAUAUUUUACAAAUAGGUAGCCAGUGACUUGGGAACCUGUGUCCACCCUGCAAUUCUCAUGGAGGAUUUGUGUAUUGCGUAGUAACCCCAUGGCUUUCCUUUUUUUAUUUUUGAAUGAAGGUGGAAAGGUUGACAUAGUUGGCACUCCAUGAUGAUUUCUAUGGGGUUUUAGGAGCCCUACUUGAUUUUAUUUUAUUUAUUUAUUAUUAUUAUGAUAUUUAUAGAGCGCCAUCAAAUUCUGCAGCGCUUUACAAUGGGUGGACGAACAGACAUGUAGUUGUAACCAGACAAGUUGGACACACAGGAACAGAGGGGUUGAGGGCCCUGCUCAAUGAGCUUACAUGCUAGAGGGAGUGGGGUGUACUGACACAAAAAGGUAAGGAUAGUAUUAGACUAGUGACUGUGACAUUUAUGAGAAACAAUUGCUGGUCUUCUCUAUUAGAGAAGAAGAUUGUGUGGUCAUGCAGGCAGAAGCAAUGUUUUGGCUUUUGAUGCUUUUGAGUCUAUCAUCAGCUACUAAUUGUCUCCCUAUGAGGAUAGCUUACUGUAUGGUAUACCUAUCAAUGCAAUGACCAGUAUUGAUGUAUCGUCUCUUAGGCUUUUCGGGGUUUAAGAGUCAUUAAUACAAUUAUCAUCAGACAAUUGGAAAACUGUGUUACCACCAUUUUCAGCUCAAUUAAUUCAAAGCUUCCCAAAUGUUCAGGAAAACAUUUAGCACAACAUCCAUUUUAAACAAUGUUUGAGUGCCUACUAAUUAAAUAAGGAAACCUCUUUGAUGAUUACAUAUUUGUUGCUGGAAUGCUAUCAUUUGUGCUAAUAGAAAUUAAUUAUUUUUUUAUGGACAAAUGAGUUUCACUUGAGUGUUUAAAAAUAAACAACCCAUGUACAUUCUAUGUAUUAAAAUAUAAUUGGUUGUAUUAAUCUUAAUGAAUUUAGGAUUGGAAGCUGUGGAAGGAGUAUACUGGUUACAUAGGACUGAUUUGAACUGCCUUUACAGAUAUCAAUGAAUGUGAAACAGAUGCCCACACGUGCUCUGAAUCUCAGAACUGCAUCAACUUCCAUGGAGGUUAUCGCUGUGUGGAAAAGAAUCGCUGCAAGGAGCCUUAUAUACAAGUAGCCGACAAGUGAGCUAAAUACAUAAAAUAUUUUUUUUCUUCUCUCUAAAUAGAUUUUUCAUUUAUUGCUGCAGGGUUCAUCCCUUCAUAGUAGACACCCAUGGUACAGAUACUUGCAAGAUGUGGUUCAAUCAGAACCAAAAAAUUACAGAAUGAUUAUCUUAGAAUGGCGAUUCUUAAUUCCUAGAUCAGUAGCCAUACCUAGGUUCUGUGCUGCUUGUUGGUUAGAAAAGGUUAAUAAUUAAUCAGUGAGUCAUCUGCUUUAUUGAAAGCAUAUCUAACAUAAGCCUUCCAACCGUCACUUGACUAUUAUCCCCAUAAUUGUUUGCCAAAGAGACCCUUGGAUAAUAGUAUGUAAAUCAGGGGCAGACAUGGCUUUUCAGAACUAGGUACAUUAAUAAGCCAAAAACACACAAAUUCAUCAUCAUGCUUCAGUUUCUGGGAAUAGAUAUAGACUAACGUAAAUAUUAUUAACUACCCCUAUUUCCUGAAUGAGACUCCUACAAAACACUGGAGAGCAAUCAGGCACUAGGAAGUCGUGUUGUCUUUAUUGAAUUUUGUGCAUACAGAAAUACCAAGAAAAACAUUGAAAGGGGACAUAUUUUAGGCUUAUUUAUAGAAUAUGGAGCACUUAUGGGAAAUAUGUACACCAUUAAUACAAAAUAUCUAUAAGCUUCUUGGAAAGAUAUAUAUAUAUAUAUAUAUAGAGAGUGUAAGCAAUGGAAGCUCUAGCUUCUCUGGUAUAACUAAGUAUCUUGAGGCAACAGUAAAUAUAUAGACAAAAAAACUUUAUUGAACUUAUACUGCCCAAAGGAUACUAUAGUAUCAAUGUGACCAAUAGCUAGUGUGACUAAGUCUGUAUUCCCCCUGUGUGUGGACUAAACUUGGUAUAAUAAGGUAGCAAUCCACAGUAGUAUGAACGCUUAAAAAGAUACAAAUAAACACCCAAGAGGAGAAGGGGGAAUAAUGAACGAGGGAAUAGAUUGGAUAAGAGAUGACAGGGUACCCUGAUCGGUAUAUAAACAGGAUCUUUGGUAGAACAACAAGUCAAUCUAAUCGGAGACACAGGGAAUAGAGCCUUCUAAUGGGGAGAUAGCAGAGUGUCUAUAAGUAGGUAACUCCGAAGAAUAAUAAAUGAUAAUAAGAAACAGCAGCCUCUAAUUUGUAAACAGCUAGUGAAUAUUAGAAUCUACGAGUCCGGCUACUAGAAACUGAUGCUGAAAGGAGAGAUGGCUACUAAAGACACCACAAUGCUAAUUCCCUAUAAGCUAUUAACACCUUCGUGGGUGUUCUGUGCUAAGGUUAAUGCUUACCCCGGUGUCUAAAGUCAAUCAACCCUCGAGAAAAAACUUGAACAUGCUUAGACUAUAUACACAGACAAAACUAACAACCAAAAGAAAGUGAAAAGCAAAAAACAAGUCCCUUCAUGUGCAUAGUAGAGUGCUCAAGUGAGAUGAAGGGGUGGUGAGCUGAAACGCCUGACGCGCGUUUCGGAGUGCAAAGACUCCUUCGUCAGGGGCUAAAAAAUCCCGCCCAGAAGUCCCCGAUAUUUAAAUGCACUAAUAGCCAAUCAGCAUUAGGAUGGUAGUGUAUCAUCCAUGACGUUUCAAUUGUACCCACGUGGGGCUGUCCCAAUGGCCAAUCAACAUCAAGACCAUAAUACGUCAUUAAUGACGUUUGGACAGCUCCCACAUGGGCAUGUUAACUGCUCUUGACGUCAAGCGAUUGACAGUUUAAAUCUCCAAUUGGAGUCUCUCUCUCAAUGAUUGUUACAGUGAAUGCCCAUAAAGUAAUAUCGGCUGGUAAUAGACCGUAAAAAAUAAAAAGGGAAUCAAAUCCCACUAUCAAAAGCCAUCCUGGCUUAUAUUUGAUCACUACAGAUACUUCAAAAAAUACAUCAGUCGAUAAAUAUUAAAUAAUAUAGGUAGCCAUAAUUAUUACAUAUGAAAAUAACGUCGAUGGAAAAAAUAUCUGGAAUAUAUAAAGAUGUAUAUUUAGAACGGCAUAAUUAGUUCAUAGGUAGCCAUAAUUAUUAAAUAUGAAAAUAAAGAUGUAUAUUUAGAAUGGCAUAAUUAACUCACUUAGAGAGAGGGGGAAUGUCUACCACACAAAGUGUGUAUAGGCGAUGACUAUAUAGUGUAUAGGAAUUAUAUAGAGGGAGAAGGGGACAGCUGGUUUCAUCAUAGUAUAGUAGUAUUAUAAUCAGUGGAUAAAUUGUGAAUACCUAUAAAUGAUUGACCAGAAAAGUUUAUGUCAAAUACCAAAAAGACUGACUAAGGUAUACAAAUAAUUGAGUAAAGGUGUACAAAAUAGAUGUAUUAUAGAGACUUCUAGAUAAAUGGGGAGUAUGAAAAACCCUCAUUGAGUCCCCUCGGGGACAAUGUUUUCAGGCGAUAUAUCCAAUAACAUUCACGUCUUCUUAGACGUUGGUCCCAAUUGCCCUUCCUUUGAUCUGGUUUGAUUAAUUCAAUGCCCAGAAACUUUAAGACUGUAGGAUCCCCAUCAUGGACUGUCUUGACAUGUCUAGAGACAGAAGUCUCCAGGUUCCUUGCUGACUUUACAGAGUUUAUAUGUUCUAGUAUUCGCCUUUUAAAGGGGCGAAAGGUUUUGCCUACAUACAUGAGGUGACAUUGGCAGAUAAUUAGAUAAACCACCCCUUUAGAGUUACAAUUAAAAAACGAAAGGGGUUUGAAAUGUUCCGUCUGUAAACAUCCCUGAGCCAGUUUGAUUGUCAUUUUCUCAGACAGAUAAUAUAGUUUGUAUUUCACUACAAUAAUAAAAAUAUUUCUAUUUUUAACUCUGACGUCCUGCAAUAUUGUUGGGAAUUAUUACUAUUAAGCAGUGCUCACUCUUUUUAGAGAACUAUGAAACUACUAUUAAUCAGUCACCCAGGUACCCAGUUUCCCAAUAACAAUCUAGAGCAUCAUCUUCGGGGGAGCAGGAGAUAGGGAAAAGAAAGAACAUUUUGUAGUGUAUAAUUUCACAAAACUCUGGAAUCAGUGAAUGAGUGCCCCUUUAAUGUUGGAUUUUGCUUUGCAGCCGAUGUAUGUGUCCAUCAGGUAAUCCACUUUGCCGGGAUGAGCCAGGCUCUGUGGUGUAUCGGUAUAUGAGCAUUACGUCAGACAGGAGUGUCCCUUCAGAUAUAUUCCAGAUCCAGGCAACCAGUGUAUACCCUGGGGCGUACAAUACUUUCCAGAUACGUUCUGGAAAUGAGCAAGGAGACUUUUACAUCAGGGUAAGUAACAAACAUGUGAAAGUAUAUAUCUGUAAACAUACAUAAAAAAAAAUACUUAUAUUAAGUUGACUUAAGAUUACGUUAAAAGAAUAACAAACAAACACUAGUCAUCCUCUUCAUCUCAAUGAAGUGGUUAGAUGCAGUUGUCCUGUAUGUUUAGCCUGUAAAACUAAAACAAUUCAAUUUAGCAGAAAGAGCAGUGCUUAUCUUGAAAGCUUAAACAAGUGGGUGUCAUAAUGAGAGCCCCUAGAGGCACAUCUACUGCACUGACCAAGUAAAACAUAGUCAAAUGACGCCGCAGCUUACAGGAAAGCAUUCAAUAUGUUUUCCUAUGGCAAAUCUUGGAUGCGCAUGCAGCACCCACCACGCAACGGUGACUGGAUCAUCACAGGAGGAGGCGAUGCCUUCUCGAUGACGUUGCAGGAGGGAGUGAGUUGAGCAAUGGCGAGUAAAGUAAAAAGCUUCUUUAAAAAUUUUUUUUCAAAAAAUAUUCAUUGUCUGGCACAAAGAGUGGGGCGGGGGGAACUACUUUAGAUAAGAAAUGGACACAGUAGCCUUAGGAACACAGUUCUAGCACUAUAGUGUUCUUUUAAGUUUGCCUUCUCCACUUCUAUUCAUAUAGGCUAACAUAUUAUAUGGAUAAAACAAAUUAAUCCCUUAUUAUUACCGAAAAUUAGAUGUUAUAAUCUUUUAUGUAACUGAAGGAGGCAGCCAGAUGCAGAACGAAAGAAUUAUACGGUUGUACACUAAAGUGUGAAUUUUGGAAAAGGUUUAAAUAUUUUUUUAAAUUAUUGAUUGAUAGUUCAAGGCAUAGGUAUGACAUCACGAUCACAUCUCAUACCCAGGCACCUUGUACAAUUCAACUGCGUAACACAGGGGAAGCCAGGGAGCAGUAUGCAGAGGUGUAUAUAAAUUCAAGCAGCAUGCGUACCAGGGAACUAGACCAAAACAGUAGAUGUAGGUGAUUAGAGAUGGGGCAAUCAGGAUAGCAAAUUUGGGAAAGAGGAUUGUCUGCCAGGAGGAUGUGUGAGUUUUCAUGGGGUUAAUUGCAGAGUAUUGAUGUAAAUGACUUAUGGAUAUACUAUCUGGCUAUCUGUUUUUUAAAAACAAUUUGUUGGGCAAUGCAGAACUAUUAGGGAAUGAAUGGCCUGUUUUGGCUGAAUGUGCUCCAGAUUUGUUGUGCCAACAGUCAUCUGAGAGUUAAGGUCCCCAUCAGUACUGCUAUGCUAUCGUUGCAAUCAUCUCUGGAUUGGAAAUAGGACCUGUACUGUAAUGUAGAUAUUAGAACAGUUACCCAAGACAAUUUACAAAAUAACAAAUACAAAUCUUACCAAGCUCAGUUAAAAACUAUUUGAUGACAUACCCCUACCUUUUCAUGUUUGUUAAAAGAGUCGCUAAAAAACAUAAUCCUGAGCUAAGUAUUGCUGAUCACUAACCUUGUAGAUCCAAGCAAACUCUUAUAUAAUUUCAUAAUAAAACCAAAGCUACAUCCUUCCUCUUUCAAUCGCCCAUCACUUAACAUGCUUCCUAUUUGUAUAUGGACAAGACUCCAUUAUAUGAUGCAACAUUCCUCAGACUUAGCAAUGCUGUUAGCUGGAUGUAUCUCACAUUGGUUAUCCUGAGUUACUUUCAGAUUAUGUUGUAAAUACCUGUGGUGCUGUGUCUUCGAUGUUCACAAGGCCACCUGCAUUUCAGCAUGUAUGCCUUUAUUAUUAAUAUACAAUUGAAAUCAGUAGCAAUAUUUCAUAUUUUAUUAUGUGGCUGUGCUGAAAUUUCCGGUUAUCUUUUAAAUGAACAGUAUCUUACCCAAGACGGUAGCUACAUCAAUGUACCCAAGUAGGCAUACAAAAUGUGGUUUGGUUCUGUUAUUAAGAAGUGGAGUUCUAAAUAAAUAAAAACUAUAUUUAAUGUGGACAUUGCACUAAAAUGUCCUAAAUAUCCAGUGUGACAAGCUCCAGUUAUGUUAUAUUUGCUAAUUGUUGGCUAGUAUAUUUAGUAAAUAAAAAAUGUUUAAUACUCAGUUGAAUCCUGUUAUUUUGGAAAACAGAUUGGCUUUAGAAUUGUCACAAGUUUGUGGUCAUUUGUUUAACUAAGCUGCAUAUACAUGUGUUCUCAAGAGUAUCUCUCCUUCUUGUCUACCUACAGCAAAUCAAUAACAUCAGUGCUAUGCUUGUCCUGGCUCGUCCAGUCAACGGUCCCCAGGAAUUCGUUCUUGAUCUUGAGAUGCUGACUUCAAAUUCCCUGCUUAGUUACCGUUCCAGCUCAGUGCUCAGACUUACCGUGUUUGUGGGAGGAUAUGCCUUCUAAAUCUUAAAAAAACAAAACAAAACACAGGACAUUUAUCUCUAUGCUGUCUAUAAACUACUUUUUUGUUUGUUAAAUAUUUUCUUUUUACUAAUUUGAAUUUUAUUUUUUUAUUAAAACCUGAUUAUGUUCUGGAAGAGACUGCCUUUCAGUCAAAGCAAUGUUGCAAGCCUCUGUGGCAAUGGAUUGGUUAGCCGUGCCAUUACUAAGUGGGCACUAAGUUUGGUCACUUCCAGACUGCAGAAUAUCAGGGACAGGUUCGGACAGUACAGGGUGAAUUCACAGUGACCUCUUUAUUCCAAAUCAAACGAAAGAUUUGUCAAUGGUGUGCUACACAUUUAGGUUGACUGAUUUCCUAAAUGGAAAUAGUUACGAAAAUAGAUAUGACCAUUCUAAUGCAAAUUCGAAUUGUAGUUUGAUACAGCAAAUCUAUACAGAUCCCCACAGUAUUGUUUUUUUUAACGAAUUACAAGAAUUAUGACUAGUGCCAAAUUUAAAAUGUAGAUUUAUUCAUGAACUAUAGAUUGACAAGACUUGAUCAUACAGCAUGGAGAAAUGAACAUUGUGAUCUAUGGAAUGGAGGUCAUCAUAACUGGCACAGACCAUGCAGAAAAAGAGUAAUACAGGAUCAGCUAGUCUCAUAUCCUCAUUUUUAGUGGCCUGCCAAGUGCAGAUUGACAGGGAUACACUUAAGUGAAGGUUACUAAAGACCUGUUAAAAUAUUUUUUAACUAUCAUACAUAUGCAUAACACUCCAGUAAUAAACCAGUGGCUGGAUUCUUUAAAGGACCACUCUAGGCACCCAGACCACUUCAGCUUAAUGAAGUGGUCUGGGUGCCAGGUCCAGCUAGGGUUAACCCAUUUUUUCAUAAACAUAGCAGUUUCAGAGAAACUGCUAUGUUUAUGAAUGGGUUAAGCCUUCCAUCUAAUCCUCUAGUGGCUGUCUCAUUGACAGCCACUAGAGGCGCUUGCGUGCUUCUCACUGUGAUUUUCACAGUGAGAGCACGCAAGCGUCCAUAGGAAAGCAUUAUGAAUGCUUUCCUAUGUAACCGGCUGAAUGUGCGCGCAGCUCUUGCCGGGCAUGCGCAUUCAGCCGACGGGGAGGAGAAGAGGAGGAUCGGAGGAGGAGAGCUCCCUGCCCAGCGCUGGAAAAAGGUAAGUUUAACCCCUUUUCUCCUUUCCAGAGCCGGGCGGGAGGGGGGGUGGGGGCACCCUCAGGGCACUAUAGUGCCAGGAAAACAAGUAUGUUUUCCUGGCACUAUAGUGGUCCUUUAAGCCAACAUAACUUUAUUGCGUGUAAUUCCUUAACCGUUUUCCCAUAGAUGUCAAGGGGAGAAUUGUGAUUCAAUUACUAUUGUUAAAAAAAAAAUCUCUGCUUAUAGAAUCCAGCCCCAGAUCUAAUGGAAUUGGUCUGAUGGAUCACUAUGCCCACUUAAGUAAUGAUAUUCAGAAAAAAUGACUUACUGACUAAGCUUGGGUCUAUUACUAUGCUACAGAUAAAAAAAUAAACUAAAAAACAUAUACUCAAUCUUUUUUUAGUGAGCAAAUAACUGCAUUUUGUUGAUUUGUCAUUGAAUAUAGGUUGUACCCAUUUCUGUAAAGUAACUUUUUUUUAUAGUGGUUUCACAAAGUUACAUAAUGUUCUUGUACAUUAAUAAGAGGGGUAAAAGAACAUGUAAAUAUUAAAAUUGUACUUAUGAGGUUACUCACCUGGCUACUAUGAGUAGUGAGCAAAUAAAGUGAUAUUUCAAUUUGUUAGAUGUGUUUAAAAAAGGAAAAGGGGUGUAUUUCAGUAUGACUUGCAUGGUGGUAUAGAGUAGCCUAAUGCAGCGUUGAAGACAAUUGUGUUUUUUGUUUCUUAUUGUUACAUUAAACUUUAUCUGCUGACCUGGAACUCCCCAUUGUAGGGUGUGAUAUUUGGGUACCACCCUUCUCUCACAAACCUCACUACAUUAGCUGCCUUUUAGUAGAACAUGUAUAGUUCCACUGAACUUUAUUUGUCAGAUUAUCCUGGUAGUAGAAUAAUAUCCAUUAUUGUUUACUAUAAUGAAGAAAGAAUAUUUAGAAAAUAAAUUUAGAAGCAGUUAGUAAUGUAUUUUGUGAAAGGGAAUAGCUAUGUGUAAAAUUUCAUGUGGGGUGAGAAGCAGUUCAUAAACCUUGUGGAAAAACUGAAAAUUAUUAAAAGAAAAUUAGCAGGGCUUCCACUUUAAAGCUCUUUCAAGCAAAAGCCAUAAUUUUGUCUUGAGCAUAUAUGCAGCCAACUGCCAAUGUAGCUCUGUUGGCUCCCUGCAGCCAAUUGAGUAGGUUAUUCCAUUUUGGAAUAGGAUCCUUGACAGACAAAUUGCUAUGAUGGCAUAGACAAUCAUUGGUCUGUAAGCAGUUCACAUUAAUUAACAUAUGUGACUGUUAUUGGAUAAAUCAUUCUCUCAACCUGUCCAUAAAUAAGUGUGUUAUCAUUUGUAUUUGUACAGCAGCUUUAAUAUCACAUAUUUCUGUACCAUGAGCUAACUGUUUGUGUGUGCAUAAAUAGUAGUCAAUAUCUAAAAGGAAAGUCACUGCACACAGGGAUGUGCCUCCCGGUGCUGCAGCCUGUGGGAGGUUAGGGAAGGGGGGCUUAAACUGCUACUCCAAUCCAAAUAGUGAAAGCAGGCUUUAAUAGGUAAUUAAAAAAUAAAGGAUACCGCACUCUCACAGUGAAAACCAGGUGCAUCAAAGACAAGGUUGUCAAAACCCAAUUUAGUAGAUAUUAGUUGAAAGUAGGUCCAGACACUCAAGGUUUCUUCAGAAAGGAAAAUUUAUUGAAAACUGAACGUGCAACAUUUGGACCUACACAGGGGUCUUUGUCAAGCUCAAGGGCACAUAGUUUUUGAUGAAUUUGCACUAAUGUAGUGUAGAAAGUAGGUCCAGACACUCAAGGUUUGUACAAAAAGGCAAAUUUAUUGAAAACUGAACGUGCAACGUUUGGACCUACACAGAGGUCUUUGUCAAGCUCAAGGGCACAAAGGCUUCUGUGUAGGUCAAAACGUUGCACAUUCGGUUUUCAAUAAAUCUGCCUUUUUGAAGAAACCUUGAGUGUCUGGACCUACUUUCUACACUACAUUAGUGCAAAUUCAUCAAAAACUCAUAAUAUUUUGGUUUACAAAUCCUUAAUAAUGUAUAAGUAAACACUGACUUAGAGAUCUAUUUAUACCCAUAUCAUACCCAAUUAAUUAACUGGUGCUGUAUCUGCUAAUUCAUAAUUUUUAUUUUUGAUCUUCUGUAUGUAUUUACUUCCCUAUUUGAGUCACGACUGCUAUGCGUGUCACCAUGGUAUCCUUUAACCAUUGACAUUUGAUUAAGUCAUUAUAUUAUGUGUUUCUUUGCAUAAUAUAUGUCUAUAAAUAGAUAUGAGUGUUUAAUUAUACACGAUUAAGGCCUUAUUGGCAGAAACAUAGUGAUUUCAUAAGAAAUGACUUGCAUUACAUCCUGUUGAAGCCUGGUCCUAUUUUCACUAUUUGAUUAUUCGUAUCUUUCUUUAUCUAUGAUAGCCCCCUGGAGUUAUCCUAUUGCAUAUGUCAGGAGACUGUUUCACAUUCCCAUAUGCUUUUAAAGUUUCUAAUCCGAUAUCUCCAACCUUAGACUACAUAAUUUAUUAAAGACUAACUUUCUGAAAAACAUAUUUUAUUGAAAUGUAUAAAUUCAUACUUUCAUGUACUCCAGUAUUUAGUUUCCAUCAUUCAGUACUCAAUGUUACAAAAAUGCAUUUUUGAAUCUUCACAUCAUUAACUGCAGUGUAUUUUAUUUCUUUAAUUACAAAAUGGUAGCUAAGAUACAUGUACUUUAGUUUCAAUGAUACUUCUGAAUAAUAUUGAAGGAGAGGAGGAUAAUACAAAAUGAGGUAGUAUUUGGUAAUGCAUAGUCAAAAAUGUGUCACAGACCUAUUUUACUAUUAAUGCAGCAUCACUUUUCAUCCUGUCAUAUUGGCAUAGUAUGAUUCUAAAGAUAAAGUCCAUUAAAGAAUCAGCAUGAUGUCCUGAAUUUAUGUUGUAUUAUAGCAUCAGGAUAACGCUCCUUUAGUGCAGUAAAGCUGGGAUAUGGUCUUGCUCAAGACUGGUCCAAGGUUUCUGUAAGAGCGAUAACAAAACGUAAUUAGACUAUGAGGGUAAUUUAUUACAAGUCCAAACAAGUCAAUAAUACACAGUCCAAGGUAUGCUAAACUUGUUAAGUAUACAUGCACAGCUUAACAGUUUUAACUUAAUAAUUAUGUCAUAAAAAAUUUACAUUCAACAGUAAAUCUCAUGUUUGUCUGCCCUCUUAAACUGGGCAAUCUGUGCACAAGAAAUGGAAACAAUUUGUAGAUGAGCUUGCUUGACCCACUGUUUGUUCUUUUCAGUAAUCUUAAGCGGUUAUAAGAAUGGCGAAUAAAUCCAGAUGUGGAUGUAUUCCUCAUUGUGCAUGGUGGUAAAUCAGCCCAUGAUGGGAGUCUGAUCUGCCCACUGAUAUUUCCCUCUGUAUGGGCAUAAUUUUAAAAAAAGUUGUAAAGUUGAUUUUGUCCCACACAGUUUCUUUUUACAUUCCACACUCAUAUCCUGUCCAGAUGCUCCACAGUAAUAAUAAAUUAUGAAAUUAAAUAAAAAAAUGUCAGGCAUACAUUUUUGAGGCUAAUCGGGAAUUGGGGGAGACUAUCGCUCUAAUAAACUCUAAUAAAAAUGUAACUGG